UCAACUUUCGAUAGUUCCUUAAAUAUCAGAGACGUUUAUUUUGGCUAGCCAGUUAGUUAAUUUCAUGGACGAUAUUUAUAACUAGGAAGCAAGUAAUUAUGAAAAUCGAACGUUAUUUUAACCAGUAGUCACAACGUUGCCAAAAAUUUUGUACUUGAAGUGCAUCCCAGACGUUGGCACAAACUACUACCUGUGACACAUAGUUUUAGAAGUUUAUUAAACAUAGACUAUCGUGCUAUCAAAUAAUAUGGUGGCUAGGUGAUGUUCCAAAAACAGUUAUAAAUAUGUGGGGUAGAAUCACGUAUUUGGGAAUGUUGAUUGGGUUUGUGCUUGGCGAGGAAAUCACAGUGAAUGUAGAUUCCCUCAACAUCCAAGCGGUGUAGCGGUACCAAGGAUUCACAGACAAACAGACCAACAUAUGGACGAAAAUAAGUGACAUGAUUUUUCGUAAUGUGCAUAUCAAGUGCCUGGGUGUUUUAAUCUAUGAAGAUGUGCGGCUACGUGAACAUUUAAAUAACUUCUUACAAAGAACAAAUAUCCGUCUAAUAUGCGAACAAAAAUUGGCUGAAUUUAAAGGCGGCCUUUUCGAAAAAUCGACUGCAGAAGAACAGCAAGAAGCAUUCGUAUAUGCCAUAGAACAGGUGAACGCACGUUUAGCAGAUGAUCCUGAAGCAUUCAAGUUCGCGCCUAUGGUGAAAAAUGAAAUCGAUGAGGAUCGUCCUUUCAACAUUCUCAAGACCACCUGCGAUAUGUUGAAAACUGGAGUUGUUGCCUUCUUGGGACCUAAUUCAUUUAAUAACAUCAACAUUGUCCAGUCUGCUUGCGACACCAAGGAGAUACCACACUUGAUCACCAGAUGGAAUAACUGGCCAGUAAGACACGGUACAGAAAUCAACUUCUACCCCCACCCACCGUUACUGGCAAGGGCAUACUUCGAUAUUGUGAUGCAAUGGGGCUGGGAGACGUUCACCCUGCUUUAUGAAGAUGAUGAAAGCCUCGUUAGAACCAUGAAUCUAGUCGAAAUGGCUAAAGAAGAAGGCAUUACGGUUCAGAUUGAACAGCUUGACUAUGAACAAACUGGAAACUACAGAACUGCUUUGAAGAAAAUGAAGAAAUCCGAUCAACGGUUCUUCGUAUUAGACUGCAGCGUUGACAUUUUGCAAGAAGUCCUCUCCCAGCUGCAACAGGUUGGCUUGAUGAAUGACAACUACAACUACUUCAUCACAAAUUUGGACGCACAUACCAUAGAUCUGUCUGCGUAUAAAUAUGGAGGAACCAACAUAACAGGGAUUCGCUUGGUGAACCCCGAGAGGGAGCUAGUUCAGCAAGUGGCCAGGGAAUUAUUCGCCCAAUCCCAAGAAGAUGACGAACAAGAAGAAGGUGAGGCAGAUGAGUUGCUCGAUCUGUUUCUGGCCACACAGAUGAAAACUGAAACUGCCUUGGUAGUGGACGCGGUCAAUAUGUUUGCCAACACUCUGAACGAAAGAAAGAAGGAGAGUUCUGUACCAGUAGUAAACAAUAGUACUCACUCCUUCCCAUGCGAUGAAGUGAACAGCUGGGAACAUGGCCUGAGUGUGGUCAAUAUGCUCAAAUCGAGUUCGUAUGAAGGAGUGACCGGCCUGACAAAAUUCAACACAGAAGGGUAUCGCAGCGAGUUCGAGCUGGGUGUGUUUUUCCUGAAGGAAGGGGGCAUCGUGGAAAUAGGCUCUUGGAACUCGUCGAAAGGACUCAACCUCACCUCAUUGCCUUCGCAAGCCUUCGUUGAUAAUGAAGACAGUCUUCGCAACCAGUCUUUUGUUGUUAUUAUCACGCUGACUGAACCAUAUGGGAUGCUGAGGAAUGAAAUUAAACCACUGCUGGGCAACGAUAGGUAUGAAGGGUUUGGCAUUGACUUGAUACAAAAGCUUUCUGAAAUGGAAGGCUUCAAUUAUACUUUCAUUGUAAGGGAAGACAAGAAAAAUGGAAACUUUGAUCCGGUCACCAAUAAAUGGACCGGUAUGAUUGGAGAUCUGUUGGAACGCAGAGCUGAUCUGGCGAUUACUGACUUUACAAUCACUUCAGAUAGAGAGGAAGCUGUCGACUUCACCAGUCCAUUUAUGUCUUUAGGUAUCAGCAUCUUAUUCCGCAAGCCUGAGAAUGCCCCACCGAGUUUCUUCUCUUUUGCGGAUCCGUUCGCCCCAGAUACCUGGAUGGCACUGGUAGUAUCUUUCUUCGUAGUAUCCAUAGCCCUAUUUGUAAUCGGCCGAUUGGUACCCGAUGAAUGGACCAACCCAUUUCCAUGUGUCCAGGAGCCAGAAUACUUGGUCAACCAGUUCAGCUUCUUCAACAGUGUCUGGUUUACAACAGGCAGUUUGAUGGCACAAGGUUCUGAAAUUGCACCAAUUGCAAUGUCGACGCGUAUGGUUGCUGGCAUGUGGUGGUUUUUCUGUUUGAUUAUCGUUGCAUCAUAUACGGCCAAUCUAGCUGCCUUCCUGGCGACUGAGAACCCAGUCGAGCUGAUCACAGAUCUGGAGAGCCUUUACGAAAACAAGCAUGGCAUCAAAUAUGGCGCUAAGGAGGGCGGAGCCACACACAGGUUUUUCACGACGGCAGAAGAAGGUACGCUAUUCAGAAAAGUGGGUCAAUACAUGAUAGACCAUCCAGAAAACGUUAAAGAAAACGAUGAGGGGGUACUACGAGCUGUAAAUGAAAAGUACGCAUUCUUUAUGGAGUCUACCUCCAUAGAGUACGCUGUUCAAAGGCACUGCACUCUUAAACAGUAUGGUGGACUACUUGAUGAGAAAGGUUACGGUAUCGCUAUGAGAAAAGAGUCUUUCUACAGAAAACGCCUAAGUCUGGCAAUAUUGAAGCUCCAGUCUUCUGGAGUAAUUGACGAGUUGAAAAGAAAAUGGUGGCAAGAGAGGCGAGGAGGAGGACAAUGUGAGGGCAAGACAGAAGCAAGUGACGCAGAUCCUUUGAAGCUGGUUAACGUACAAGGUUGCUUCUUCGUCACUAUCUAUGGCACAAUUUUAGCUGUGAUUAUAGUAAUAAUGGAACACUUGUUAUAUGUAGUCAAAGUUGCUAAGAAAAACAAACUGCCAUUUACCAAGGUGUUCAUGGCAGAGCUGCGUGUAUAUCUGGACUUCAACUCUGAUAGCAAACCAGUGAUAACAAAAGAAUCACUGGAAGGUAACUCCGAAGAUCAAGAAAACUCCCAAGAAGUUGUUGAAGAACCUGUGGUAGAAGAACCCAAAGCAAAAUUACCAGAACCAGUGCUGGAACCAUCAAAGUCGCUAGAACCUUCUAAAUCCCGCUCUAAAGAAAAACGCUCAAGGAGUGCCAGUGGAGCUAACGGAAAAAUCACUCCAGGGAGUAAUGCUAGUACUGGCAGGCCCUACGGGUUUGUUAUUCCCCCUUCUCCUAGGGAUACGAACAGACCUGCAUCUGCUACAGAUGUUUGAUGUGUUCUGUGAUCGAGCUCUGAAGAAAUAGGAUACAUUUUUGACAUCCUCAAUCAAAUAAAAACUAUUAUUGUCAUAAAAAACCGACUGUCACCCCACAUACCUGUGCUAUCCUGGAUCUAGUUUGCGGAAAAUUAUGCUUUCAAAUAAAAUGUUUGCAGUUAAUCAUAGUUUUAUUAUCUUCCAACCAAAAAGUCUUACGUUUGCAUACUGCCAUAAUGAUAUCGUAAUCAAAUAUCCGAUGACGUAACCAAAUAUUCGUUGAUG